AUGGUGAAGCCGCUGAGGGGGCAGGGCGGGCUCCGGCCCCCAGGUGAGUUCUUCGCUCUUCUCCCGCCGCAGCCCUCCGCGAUGCAAGCGGGUGACUUCGACUCCUCUGACGAAGAAGCCGCCGAGGAGGAGGACCCGAGGCCGUUCCCCAUCUCCUGGUUGUCUUUGUCUCCUUUCUACUCUUCUGAGUCCCUGGGAUUAUGUUCCCUUCCAGGUUGCAGGUUUAAGGAUGUUAGAAGAAAUCUUCAGAAAGAUAUAGAAGAACUAAAGAACUAUGGGACCCAGGAUAUAUUUGUGCUUUGUACCAGAGGAGAGCUCUUAAAAUACCGAGUACCAAACCUUAUAGACACCUACCAACAGCAUGGGAUCUAUGUGCACCACUAUCCUAUUCUUGACGGGGAUGCUCCUGACAUUGCCAAGUGCUGCAAAAUUCUGGAAGAGCUCAGAAGCUGCCUGGAAAGUAACCGGAAAACAAUCAUACACUGUUACGGUGGCCUUGGACGCUCAUGUCUCAUAGCUGCAUGUCUCCUGCUUCAGCUUUCGGACACGCUGGCACCUCAGCAAGUAAUAGACAGGCUCAGAAACUUGAGAGGAUCUGGGGCGAUACAGACCAUCAAGCAAUACAAUUACCUCCAUGACUUUCGAGAGAACCUAGCUGCACAUCUGGCAACAAAGGAUACAGUGUUAAGAUCGGUAUCACGGUAA